AUGAGCAAAUAAUUGCUCAAAGAAUAAAUUAAAUUCGGACAUUGCGAUCCCAAUCUCUUCAAACAAUUGAAAAUUGUAGAAGGCAUCGAAAAUGAUGCUGCCAUUGAACUCCUAUCUAAGAGAGCGACACUAAUGGAAAUCAAAAAAGAUAAAACUGUAAACAUGGACGAUCUAUAUUACUAUAAAUUAUUGCUUGGUGACAUCAUAAUAAGAGAAGGUAAGAUAAUUGCAUCAAUGAACAGCGACGUCAUACUCAUAAACAAAGGAUUGGUCGAGUAUUUUCAAUAGGAAGAGAAGCAAAGAAGGAUCGAGACCUCCAUCAACAUGCUCCUAGAUAUCAGUGUUUUCAAAGGUUUGAGUUAUCAUCAAUUGAAACAAAUAAUCAAGGAGAGUUCCUUCGUGAAGUUGAAUGAUAAUAGAAUACUGCUCCAUUAAGGAGUGGUGCCAACAGAUUGUAUAAUACUUGUGGAAGGAUAAUUGUAAUAAUACAAAAGCACUGAAGGAGUGGAGUUGGUUCUGAAUUAGAAUAGGAAACAUUUUGCCAUUUACGAGUGUCUCAAUUCAAAAGCUAUGUAAUUUAAUGUCAAAACUAUCUCAGAAUGCUCAUUAAUCAAAAUCAAUAGAUCAUCUUUAUUAAAGUUUGAGUUGGAUCUAAAAGUGAAGAAGGAGGUGAACCUUGAUUUCAGUCAAUUCAAAAUGGACAUUGCCAGGAAGAAGGACUGGUUGAAAUUUAAGACAAGUAAGUGA